UCAGCACCACGCACAGAGGCAGGAUAACAGUCAGCUUGGGAUUCUGAGACAAAUCCUUGACGAGAGAGGAAGGCACCGCACAGCAUCGCUUGGUGUCCGAGGAUAAAGAACAACAAAGCCUACGACCGUUUUACAACUCUAUAGUUGCAAGAAUCGCUAAAAGAGCUCUGUGGCCAUGUACGAUGGGGCGAGGUUGCCUUCCCCCCAGGACAGUGCCAACGGUGUUCCCCAGCCUGUAGGGCCCGUGGCAGGGCCAGGACCGGGCCCAGGGGCCGUGGCCGGCGGGUCAGCAUCGGUGCCUGCUGUGCGGCCCAAAGUGGAAGAGGCGGAGCCUGAGGAGGAAGAGGAGGAGCCUCUACCAGAGCCAGUCCUGGUGAAGAAGGCCCACAGAGAGAUCCUGGACCACGAGAGGAAGAGGAGAGUGGAGCUCAAGUGUAUGGAGCUGCAGGAGAUGAUGGAGGAGCAGGGGUACUUGGAGGAGGAGAUCAGACAGAAGGUGAGCACCUUCAGACAGAUGCUGAUGGAGAAGGAAGGAGUGAUCACCAGAGAGGGCUCUCACACACGCCCACCGGUCGCUCAGCUGCCGUACGGUGAGCAUGGUGAUGGCCAGGUGGAAGACCCUGCCCUGGUGGACGGCUACCAGGAAGACUAUGGGGACUACUAUGACAGAGACUCUGUCAGUCACAGCGAGUACAGAACCAAGAGGAAAUCCAGCAGCUCUCCAUCUCCUCGGCCCAAGAAGAGAAAGAAGAAGAAGUCCGGCCGGAGGAGGAGUCGGUUUGACAGCUCUUCCCCCUGCCGCAGAGACAAGAAGAAGAAGAGCGGGAAGAAACACAAGCGAGACAGGUCUGCUUCUGGCUCCAGAAGAAAGAGGAGACACAGAUCGGGUAGCCCGAAGAACAAACAUAAAAACAAGACCAAGCAGAGAAAGCGGUCCCCUGCAGACUCCCCCAGCAGGAGGUCCCAGCGCAGAGGCAGCUGCUGCAGCUCCCGCAGCGCAUCCCUCUCCUCCACGGGAAGCCUCUCCAAGUCCCCCGCCAGGACUCCGAACUCCAAGCACAAGACAGACGUCCACAAAGCCUCCAGCCCCUCCCCGUGCCCCGGCCCCGACGGCCCCGUCACGUGGCACAACGGGCACCACGGCGAGCGCAGCCGCAACGGCAAGGCCGGGAGGCUCAACCCCACCGAGGGCGACAAAGGGCAAGAUAAGCUCAGAUCCCUGACUGCUGGUUCUGCACUGCUGUCACCACUGAGGGAUCACAAGGCCCACAGCGCCCCCUACAGGAGCCCAGGAGCACAUGUAGGCCAGAGCCAGGCUGGGGAGGCUGUCUGUGGAGCGGGCAGGCCGGCGGGCAGGGGGAGGUCCACGUCGCAAGCGUCGGGGAGGAAAGGCACUCGGCAGAGAGCUCAGACAAAGAGCUCGCGUUCUCCCCCACACAGCAGUGACUCGGCACACUCCCAACGCAACCAGCCCCACAGAGGGAGGAGCUCUCACCACAGGAAGACUAAAGGAGGCCACUCGUCCAAACGGCACCACCGCGCCCGGGGGCAGGGCCACCACCGGAGCCCCUCGGCCUCGCCGGGCCGCCACCGCCACGCGUCCGACAGGAAGAAGAGCGAGUCGCGAGGCAGGCUGAGCCUCCGGCAGCGCAGCAGCUCGUGGAGCAGCGGGCGCUCGUCCUCGCGCUCGCCGUCCAGAGACAGAGGCCCCAGCAAGGCCAAGUCCCCCCACGCAAGGGAGAGAGACAGCCCUCACCACUCUGACGAGGACAGCCGAGCCCGGAGACGUUCCCGCAGCUACUCGCCCAUCCGGAAGAGGAGACGAGACUCCCCCAGCUUUAUGGAGGCUCGCAGGAUCACUAGCGCCCGGAAGCGGCCCAUCCCGUACUACCGGCCCAGCCCCUCCUCCUCCAGCUCGGCCAGCAGCCCCUCCCCCUCCAGCCGGAGCCGCAGCUACGACAGCUACAGCAGCUACAGCAGGAGGAGCAGCCGGAGCCGCACACGGAGCCCCAGCCGCAACCACAGCUACUACAGCCGCAGCAGCUACGAGAGCCCCGGCUUCUGAGGCCGCCCGGAGAGAGGAGGCCCAGGGGAGAGGCCAAGGGGAGAGGCCCAAGGUUGAGGCCCAGGGGAGAGGCCCAAGGUUGAGGCCCAGGGGAGAGGCCCAGGGGAGAGGUCCAGGGGAAAGGCCCAGGGGAGAGGCCCCGGGGAGAGGCCGAGAGGAACCCUGAUUCAGGCGUUAUGUAUUCACACCCCCCCUGACAGAUCCACAUACAGGCCCUGGUGUAGCUGGGCCUGCUCUUGUUUCCCCAAGUCUUUAAUUACAACAGUACUGAGCUCGAAUCAAGGAGAACAUGUCUAAUAUAGCGCAUUCAUAUGGAAUAUAUUGAUAUCGGCGGAUGCCACACACACAAACAGUGUAAAGACACGUUUAGCGAAGGUGUCAGAAAUGUAUUGAUCAUGCCUAAAGAACAAAUCUAUAAGCACUUUCUCUUAAUAUUCUUCCAUGGCCAAAAACAUAACCGACAACAGAAAACACACGACAAAGACAAAGAUAUUCCAGCCCCAGCGACUCUUCCAUUACUCUUGGUGUUAGACAAGACAAGUGGAUGGAGAAGCUCUCAUGUUUCCUCUGUCCUGUUAUCAUUCCCCCACAGACCGUUUUUUUUAAGGAACCGAGAGAUCAACGAGAGCGAGAACAAAGGUAACGUUGCGACGAAGGCGCAGGAUGCAACCAAGGAACUGCCGAUUGUUUUGUUUUUUUAAAGAUGUACGAUAUGUGUCAAGCUGUAUAGAUCCCAACUGUAAGUUCUGGCUUGUAAACUAUGCACUGUAUAUUCAUGUGAUUUGAGGAGGUUUAUCGUUAGAUGGCUACUUAGCAUGAUGCAUCAGGAGAAAGGCCGCUGCUUGGAUGACAAAACCUACGACUACAGAUCCCAGGAUGCAUCUCUCCCCCCUCUGACCUGUGUGCUACUGACUUGUAUAGAGAGGAGCAAAAGGGACAAAAAAAGCAACGUGUUAUGUACUGUCAAGACUCCUUCCUGUGUGUCCCGUCACGUCUGUGGACUGGCUAGGGGGAGGAGUUCCCCUUGUGGGAAUACUCCUUCCUGUGGAGCCCGCAGUACAGGCUGCCCCUGCUACUGCACAGUCUACACAGACAUCCAUGCACUUGUGUGGGUUUACAUUUGAACCGCAGUUAUUUAUGAAUCUAUUUAUGUUUGAUUAUUUAUUUAUGUAUCUAUCUAUUUAUUCAUAUAUUUAUCAUGUUAUUUAUGGUUUAUCUAUUUCACUGUUCAUGAAAUGUAUUUAAGUGACUUGAUCAAGUCUUGAGGGUCCUGUUUAAUCUUGAGCAAUCAGCUGCAGAUGUAUUCACAUAUUUGAAUAUGCAGUAUAUGCGCUCAUUGAGUUUAUUUGAGAGAAAGGCUUUUGCUGUCUCUGAGGAGAGGCGAGAGCUGGGGUAGCUAUCCUGGAUGUGUGAUUCAUCAGGCUUGUAAAAGGCUCAGCUACAGCCCUACUGUACAACUAGUACUGUAAAACACUACUGACCCACACACCCUAGCAGGCCUGCUGUCAUCCCUGGCUGGUUGGCUGCUGUUAAUGCAAGAUGUUGUGCUGUUACCUGUAUCCAGGAACAAGCUAGUCUCAAUCUUACAGAGGUCGUCUUUUUAUAGCUCCAGCCCCCGCUCUGCGCCCGGCCUAGCCCCUGGUCCGUGCUCCUAUCAGAGGGCUCCCAGGGCCAGAUUGGAGACAGAUCUCAGCUUGACAGCACAGACUCUGUGGGCCCAUGGUGUCUCCUGCUCCUGUUCAGUCUGAACUGAAGGAGAAUCAGCGAUGCAAUCAGGGAACACCCUCAGUCUUCCGUCCAAAUCGUCCGCCUCAUGUCACUCGUGUCUCCAUGGAGAUAAAAACGAUUAUCUCUAUGGCUGUUGCAUUUUAAAUGUGACGUUCAAAGUUAACCAACUAUGAUAUUCAACAAACCUAGUGUUCAGUCAUUUAAAGUACAACAGCGCUAACCUUUGGAUUGUAUAAAAGUCAUUAGUAUUAGUGAACAAGUUAUUAUACUGGACAAUAAAUAUAAACUCUGGAAAGUAUGAUUCCUGUGUUGUCUU